AUCAAUUCUCGGGGCGUCCCACUUAUUCGGGACUCUUGGGCCAGUCAAAAGCGACAGCGCAAAAAAAGCAAUCAACUUUCUCCCCAUAUCAAUGCUAUGAUCGACGGCAGACUGCAAAGUGGCAGACAGCAACAUAAUCACCUGGCCCUGCCAACUGCCACACAGUUCCCGCCCGGCAUACCUUCUACGAGAGAAAAUCAAUCACGGGGAAUCUGAUCUGAAGACGCCUCGUUACAGCUCCUACGACUCCUACAGUUAGCCGACGAGUAGACGAGAGUCCCGGACCGAAUCAUUUGCAAGGUUUUCGCAAACGCCCGACGAUAACCUCCCAAUCUCAACACCUCCCCGUUGCAACGGUAGCCGUGCUAGCCUGCGACACCGAUUCGUCACCGAACGGCCUAGACCGCCGCAACCCCCUAUCUCUGCAUCUCCCUCCAGCUUCCGAAACUAGCUCCAAGGGCGAAUUACCUGGCUCGUCCCGUCCUUUCCUCCCCCCUUCACCGCAUCUUUUUCGGCCUUCUGCCACCCCCAGACCAAGAAGAGAAACCCGCCCCCUCUCUUGCUUCGCAAGUACACAUCGAAUUUUAUAUCCUUACCUUAGAGGGGGAAUCUCCCUAACGUAUUUACCCACCCCCAACGGCAACCUUGAUUGUAAAGAUGGCCGACCGUGCCCACUACCGCGGCGGCCGAGGAGGCGGCGGACACGCCCGCGGAGCGCGGGGCGGCCGAGGCGGCGGGAGAGGCGGACACGGAGCUGACUCGGGCGCUAGCGGCGGCGGCGCAUCCCAGGAGCGGGAGCGGCCCAAGAAGGAGAACAUCCUAGACCUUAGUAAAUACGUCGACAAGAGGAUCACGGUUAAAUUCAAUGGCGGGCGAGAAGUUACCGGCACACUGAAGGGUUAUGAUGCGCUUAUGAAUUUGGUUCUUGACGAGGUGCAAGAAGUCAUGCGAGACGACGAGGGCAAGGAAGCGACCCGUUCACUUGGUCUGGUGGUCGCCCGAGGCACUCUGCUAGUAGUCAUCAGCCCAGUAGAUGGCAGUGAGGAGAUUGAGAAUCCCUUCGCCCAACAAUCGGAAGAUUGAGGUUUAAGAGGAUAAGUCAUCCCCAAGGAGACCAGGGUGAUGAGAACCUGUCGGAUUGCUAAACAUACCCCCAAGCCUUGUUAUGAGAAGAGGCAUCUAGAAACCAGCUUAACCGAUACAUAAACUAGACGUCAAGUUGAAUAGGGUUACAGCGCGGGAAGCAGAUGGGUAUCUCAUUCCUAUUAUGAAUGACCCACAAACAGAAGGGGGUCGUUAGCAGAUAAGUUACUGCGUGAUUGCCUAUUAGGUAGGAAAUGAGAAUAAACCAACCUCUGAUGACGGAUAUGCUAUAUUUCGAAUGUGAAAAUAUACAAGUUACUAACUUCAGCACGAGCAUAAGUAGGCAGGUAGGCAGUCAAUCAUAAUAUCACAUCCAUUGCUUAUCUACAAAGCCAUGCUUAGACAGUGC